UGGCAGUUUGAAACUGUCAGGCUUUCUUUUGCAGGGGAAGUGAAGGUGUGGCGGCUGCUCAGGAGCGUCUUAAUGCAAGAUGUCUUCAUCAUCUGAAGAGAAAAGCACAAGUCCUGUUUUGCCAAAAGAUUCUGAUCAUGGCAGUUCUGUCUCUUCAGACCUUCAGGAUGAAUAUGAAGAACUGCUUCGUUAUGCUGUAGUUACCCCAAAGUUUGAGCCAAGUACAUUACGGCAGUCAGAUCACAUAGAGGUUCGUCAGAAGUCUGCAGCAGGAAAAAGUCCAGUAAUGGGUGAACGCAGACAUGAAACUGCAGGAAUAAGUCAGCGAAAACAUGGAAGAACUCCUGAUUUUGCAACGUCUACUCGGACAACAAGGAUAGAAGUUUCAGUGAAGCAGCCAGCUCAUACGGACAUGGAGGGACUUUGCCCAGUCCGUUCAGAAGAAAGUUCUUCACAACAAUCUUCAUCUAGUCAAAGAGAUCUUCAAGAGUCGAAUGUGACUGAUUUAAGUCUUUCAGAUGAAAGAGUGACCCAAAUAGAGAGCAUACUUGAUCUCUGGAGUGGAAGUCUUAAGACCAAUGUUCUGACUGAACUGAGGAAAUGGAAACUUCACUUUAUUGAACAUCACACAUUAGAAAUGAGACAAGAAAGGGAAAAACAUGCAGCACAUGUGAGACAAUUGACUAAUCAGAUGGAGAAUCUGAAGGAGUUGCUACAUACGUACGAGAUUUCAAUCGGGAGAAAGGAUGAGGUAAUUGCCAAUUUGACACAUGCAAUUGAGAAACAAAAGGACAGAAUAGAGUUAAUGAAGAAAUUCACAAAAUGGCGUCUUCAGCAUUUUGUGGGCAGACAAGAGGCCAGACAGGAGGUAUAUACGAAGAGGCUGGCUGAUCGCUUAUAUGAAAUGGGUUUGUUGAAGAAAGCAUGGGCAACUUGGCGCUCUCAUAUUCAUAUAAAAUGGAAAGAAACCAUGGAAAGGGCCUGUCAGUCAAGUGCCGAAUGUCUGCGUGUUGAGCUAUCCAAUGACUAUGAAACUAAACUUCAAGAGGCAAAUGCUUCACUGGAGGCGGCUAGAGCUGAGAUCUUAGAAAUGCAGAACAAAAGACAUGAUUAUGAAGAUGCCAUGAAGAAGGCUUUCAUGCGGGGUGUCUGUGCCCUGAAUAUGGAAGCAAUGACCAUCUUUCAGGGAAAAGAGUUCAAAUUUGACCAUGUAGUUGAUCAAUCAGAUAAGAGAGCAGAACCUGGUGCUGGCAGUGGUGGUCCUACACCAAAACUCCCUCCAGCUCAAUUUGAUCGGCCUUUACGACCAACCUCCUCACCACCGCCACCGCCACCGCCCCCACCUCCAAUAGUGACUCCUGGCUUUGCUCCCAUAGAAGAUCUGUUUUCUUCUCACCUGGGCCAUGCAGUUACCUCUCAGACCAGAUUAGAUUCGGCUGGUGCCGCAACAGGAUCAGGGACUGUGUCCAUUCCAAAAUUGUCCACGGCUAGGGUUGUGACAUCAGCACAGCAGAAGGCUGGAAAGACCAUUACUGCUCGAAUCACUGGCCGAUCUGAUUUUGCACCCAGGAAUCGGAUUUACAGUAACCUCGAUGUGUUGGGUGUUUCUCCUCCUAUGAAUUCUGUUGUAGUGGAAAAACAUCAUCCAGUCACUCAACAAACUAUAUCUCAAGCUACUGCUGCGAAAUAUCCUCGAACUUUGCACCAGUUUUCUAAUGCUAUCAGUGCAAGACCUCCUCCAGGACACAGCGGAAAAACUCAUACCCAGCCUCACAGCAACAUCCAGUCAAUAAAGGUUGUUGACUAGGUUUACAGGUUAAAAUGCUUAUAUUUUACCUUAAGCAUGUGGAGAGAAUUUUUCUGGUUAGUUUAAAAUUUUAUGUUUGCCGAUCAAUAUAGCAAUACCCCAAGGAUGUAUCAUGUUUCUCCUUUCAGUGAUAUUGUGGAUAUUAAACGUAAGCUACCUGAGUUGGUACAAUGUAGUUCUGUGCAACUACAAAUAAGGUAUACUUGAAAUUAUUAUUUUCUUAACCUAUUUUAUUAAAUAUGAUUUAUUUAAAGUUUUUAAUAAAAAGAAU